AACACCUCUGCCAAAAACGCAACAAUACAGGUUUGAAAACACUUAUCUACAAAUAGAAAAACAGACAUUUAUGAUAAUUCUGCCUCAUGUCAUUAAUAAUAUUCAACCUUUAUCUUACACGAGUUAACUUAUUCCCUGGAGAAAACAAGCAGAACCGCUGAAUAUUCAGUUUCUUACAUCAAAGGCUCUGUCCAUUUAUUGUUUUGAUUAAAUAAAUCCCAUCCGAGGAAAUAACAGCCCUGUAUUCCUUUGAGAGUAUUCAGCCUCAAAUCCAUAAGAGAAUAGAUAAACCAAAACAACAGCAGGCCAUUUAUGUUCAUAUGCUCACAAAACCACAGAUCAAACGCAUUUCUCUCCACCUUUCUCAGCAUCACCAAGCAGGUAUAAAAGAGAGACAAGAAAGAGUCUGAAUGCUCUGAAGAUCUCUCAGGGUGCUUAACAUUCCACAUUCAGCACCUCCAGAACUCCAGAGAGCCAGCGUGACUCACUUUGGUGUGAAAGCAGUGUGGUUAGGUAGGAGGAUGACAACACAGUGCUUAGCAGAAGUGCCCUGAAGCCGGACCCCCCAACUGAACGCCCCCGCUGCAUGCGCACACACCCCAAAAAUAACAUUGAAGCACAUCUCGUUUCUCUUUCGCUGAUCCAUAAGGAAAACAUUCAUUCAUUUCUCUCAACGCUUGGCAUGUUUUGAUGGUGAGCAAAUCUGUGGACAAAUGAGGAGAAUGUGGGUAUGGUAUGACAAGAUUAGAAAAGAGGAUGCAGGAAAGAGAGAGAGAGACUGAAAGAAAGACUUCAAGGGUUUUUCUUCUAAAUUCCUUCCCUAGCAUUAACAUCAGCUCGAUAACACAUCUAAAUUUUGGAAUGCUAAGAAUGAACAUGUCACCGGGUGGCUUGAUUGCUGGCCAUAACAAGCGGCAGCUGAAGCGAAUUAAGCUGCGCUUCAUUGAAGCACGCGCUCAGGACGAGGGUGUAUAAAAGGGUGGUGUAUCUGGGCUGGUGUGUGUCUUGACGGCGGCGUAACCGGAGAGAGCUGAAGGUUGGAUGUCUGAUCGGUGUUCUAGUGGGAAGAGAUUACACAGCAGAGGGGAAGGUCGCUGAUGUGUUUACGUCAAACUUCUGCAGUCGCCAUCCUUGGAGUCAUUCACCCUACAGUAAGAGGAGAAACAGGUCGACUAAUCACUGUGGAUGAAGUGAGUUUGCAGUGUCUGAGAGAGUGAAUUACACACGCGUGAGGAUUUCUAAGAGUGAUUUAUGCACGAGUGUGGUGAGGUCUAACGACUGUGUUUCUCCAGAAACUGAGAUGAAUGACAAUUGACGUCUGCAUAUGAAGAUCCUUUUGAAUUGAUCUGCCUCAAGCUGUGUUCAGGUUUUCCUUUGUGCCCGGAGUGGCGACGGACUCAAGCUGAGCUUGAACACCGCCAUUGCCUGUCCCUCGGGGAAGAGGUGAAGCUGUUGUCCUUCCGCCGACUGGUCUACGAACUCACACACCAGCCGAGCCCGAACACCGUCGUUGUCUGUCCCUCGGGGAAGAGGAGAAGUUGCUAUCCUCCCCUGGAUUGUUCUGUGAACUUACACACCAGCCGAGCCCGAGCACCGUCGUUGUCUGUCCCUCGGGGAAGAGGAGAAGUUGCUGUUCUCCCCUGGAUUGUUCUGUGAACUUACACACCAGCCGAGCCCGAACACCGUCGUUGUCUGUCCCUCGGGGAAGAAGAGAAGUUGCUAUCCUCCCCUGGACUGUUCUGUGAACUUACACACCAGCUGAGUCUGAGCAUUGUCGGCUGCCUGUCUCACGAACACUUCCGAGGAGACGAAGGAAGCCACUGUCUCACCCACGAACAUUUGCAUCACUGCUUUUAUUGUUUUAAGUUAAUAAAAUACUUACCCUUUUAAAUCCACUUCUUGUUGUCCGCCUCUUGGUGUCCUCGGGUGUCUGCUCCUCCGGAGUGUGGUUAUUGGCCCUCGGCCCUAACAUCGGUGACAUCACUUUUGGCGUAGUCGGCAGGGUUACCACUCGGAGUUGAGCGGCCGGAGGACCCAGGAUGGCGGACGAGGACUUGCCAGCCGUCCGGCAGCCGAUGGCAUCUAUGUUCAUGGGAGUUCCGUGGGCUCAAAAGUAUGGUGGAUCUGGCUCUGAGUUGAGUUUUUCGGACUGGAGGGCGCAAGUGGAGUACUUGGCCGGACUGCAAGGGCUCAGUGAAGCCCAGAAGAUACAGUUUGUCUUGAAUUCACUUGAGGGGGAGGCGAAGAGAGAAGUCCGAGCAGCACCUGAAGCCGUCCGAGCCACCACACGGGCCAUAUUCGAAUUUCUGUCUGGGCAAUACGGUGAUUCGACUCCGGUGGCAGUGUUACGAACGCAGUUUUUCAAUUGUAAGCAGGUACCUGGGCAGACACUGCGAGCAUUCGCUCUGCGACUACGGGAACUGUUCUCCAGGCUGAAGAAUCGAGAACAUCAUGGACUGGGAGAGGAAGAGACACUGUUAAGAGACCAGUUCCUGUUGGGGUUACGAGAAGGUCCAAUACGACAGAGUCUGAGGUUACAGCUUCGAAGGGACGCCACCCUGACAUUCGAAGAUGUACGUAAGGAGGCCCUAGCCUUGGAACAAGAUCACCAUCAGACUGUAGAAACACCGGUGUGUAUGGCUGCAAGUGGAAUGAGUGCCCCAACACAGCCCGAACCGACCGACUGGAAGCGGACCCUACGUGCAGAGUUAAUGAAAGACGUCCGAGAAGAAAUGGCCGAACUCUCAAAAUCCAUUCUUGGAGAACUCCGCCGUGGACGGCCAGAGCCCCUGCCCCUACCUCGAGAACGUUCGUAUUCUGACGGAGGGAGAGAUCCGGGAAGACGCACCAGCCGUCCGUUCAGUUCCAGGUUCCAGUGGGAUGAGCAGGGGCGCCCGAUCUGCAACACCUGCGGAGAGCCCGGACACUACAGCCGCCAAUGCGGUUCCCGACGUAGCUCGCAAGGGGGGUUUUUAGAACGACCGGCCACUGUGGGUCAAGUGGUCGGGACCCCCCGGAUAGACCCUUGUGUGGACUCAGCUCCACGAGACGGCCUAGUGGGACGCUGUCCCCUCCUGGAGAUUAAGAUCAAUGGCGUUACUGUUCGGUGCCUGGUAGACACAGGGUCCCAGGUCACUAUGUUGUCUGAGAGUUUGUCCAAAGAUCUGUUUGAUGCUCAUCACUUACCCGAAGCUGAAGUCCCUUGGCUCACCCUGCGUGGGGCAAAUGGCCUGCGCAUCCCCUACAUCGGAUACCAGGUCACCAACUUCGAAAUUCACGGCACCACAAUCCCGAAGAAGGGGGUAGUGAUCGUGCGAGACUCCUGUCUGGGAGAACAUCGAGCCCUGUUAGGGAUGAAUGUCAUCAUGGACUGUUGGGAGGAACUGUUCCAGGCUGGACCUCUUCGUUACACCUCCACAGCCGAGAAGAAGGAGUGGGAGCGUGUUGUGACUGACUGUCGGCGGGUGCAGGUGGCGAUUUUCCAACGCGACCGGGAGGACGUGGGUCGGGUGGCCUGCCGGUAUGCUGUCUCUGUCCCUGCCCGGAGCGAAGCUGUGGUCUGGGUUCGGCUGCCAGGUCGGACCUAUGGCCCUGAAGAUUGCCUCCUUGUUGAACCCCACUGGGAGUGCCAGACUGUUGAAGUCGCUCGGGGGUUAACAGUAGCCCGUCGGGGCCGAGUCGCAGUUAAAGUAAGAAACCCGAAUACUUACCCCGUCCAUCUGUACCGUCACCAACGACUGACCCGUAUCACGCCUGUAGACCCCCACCAGGUGAGGGAGGAGCAGGAGGUCCGCUUCUGCCAAGUGAGCGCCACAGUGGUCGAGGUUGGCCUGGCGGAGAAGGAGUCUCGUCCUGGUUCCACUGCACAGGGCAUGCCGGGCCACCUUCAGAGCGAGUCCCUGGAAGGAGAGGGCCUAACGGAAGAACAAACCCGCAAACUCCAGAGUCUACUGGCCAAGUGGCAACACGUCUUCUCCACCCACGACGAAGACUAUGGGUGUACCGACAUAGUCAAGCACGCCAUUCCUACUGGAGACGCCCCACCAAGUCGAGAACGAUACCGCCCAGUCCCUCCGACUUUGUAUACGGAAGUACGAGCCCUACUGAAAGGAAUGUUGGGACGAGGAGUUAUCCGGGAGAGCAGCAGCCCAUGGGCCGCCCCAAUUGUCCUGGUCCGCAAGAAGACAGGCUCUUGGAGGUUUUGUGUAGACUAUCGGAAACUGAACUUGGUCACCAAGAAGGAUGCCUUUCCCUUGCCCCGGAUCGAGGAUUCCCUUACGGGACUGACCGGCGCCAGCUGGUACUCUACCCUGGACUUAGCGAGUGGCUACUGGCAGGUGAAGAUGGAGGAACAGGACCGCGAGAAGACUGCCUUUACCACCCCUUUCGGCCUAUUUGAAUGGGAUCGUAUGCCCUUCGGCCUCUGUAACGCUCCUGCGACCUUCCAGAGGCUCAUGCAGCGAUGCCUGGGAGGGCAGCUGAUGGACUCCGCCUUGGUUUACUUAGACGAUGUGAUCGUGUACUCCCCUGACUUCAAUGGUCACUUGUCACACUUGGAGCAAGUCUUCCGGGCAAUGGAACGGUAUGGACUGAAGCUCCAGCCCGGGAAAUGCCAGCUCCUCAGAAGAGAGGUUCAGUUCCUGGGGCACCGGGUGAGCGCUGCAGGAGUGGCUGUUGAUCCGGAGAAGGUGUCUGCAGUGCAGGGCUGGGUCCCUCCGAAGACCGUAAGGCAGGUACGGUCCUUUCUUGGAUUCGUCGGCUACUACAGACGCUUCAUAAAGGACUUCUCAAAAAUUGCAAAACCCCUGAAUCAGCUGCUGGCCGGUACCGGUACCUCGCGGAGCCGAAGUUCCCCUACCAUCACCUGGAGUCAGGAGUGCGAGACCGCCUUCCACCGACUCAAGCAGGAGUUGUUGCAGGCCCCCAUUCUGGCUUACGCCGAUUUCACCCAGCCUUUCGUCCUCUACACUGACGCUAGCAAUAGCGGGCUGGGAGCCGUACUGGCCCAACGACAAGACGGGACAGAAAGGGUCAUUGCCUACGCCAGUCGGAGCCUCCACCCUGCUGAACGGAACGAUGCCAAUUACAGCUCUUUUAAAAUUGAGCUGCUGGCCCUGAAGUGGGCUCUGUGCGAGAAGUUUAAGGAUUACCUGUGGGGAGCCGAAGUGCUGGUAGUAACCGACAACAGUCCGCUGGUACACCUGCAGACCGCGAAGCUGGGAGCGGUGGAGCAGCGGUGGGUGGCCCAGCUCGCCAACUUCAACUAUCGGCUACAAUAUCGACCAGGCCGAGAGCACAUAAAUGCCGAUGUCCUGUCCCGAUUACCACCAGCUAGGGAAGGGGGAACUUCAGGGCCAGAACCAGAAGAAGGGCUGAUGGUGGGAGUGGUGGAAGCACCUGGAGCACGAGCGGAAGGCAUACCAGCAAAUUGGGGAUGGGACCCCCAUCGAUGGAGGGAACGGCAAGAGCAGGAUGAAGGGCUGGCUACCCUGUGGACUUACCUGGAGAGGAACAAAUUCCCUGGGGUGGAGGAACGACAGGGACAUCCGGUGAGGGUAAAGAAGCUUCUGGGGCAGUGGAAGAGGCUGAAGUUGCGAGAUGGUGUGAUCUGUAGGUCUGUUCUGGACUCGAGGACCCAUGAGAUGGUGUCUCAGGUGGUGGUGCCUGAAGCCCAAAUUCAGCCGUUGCUCCAGGCCUAUCAUGACCAGUUAGGACAUCAGGGCCAAGAACGGACAGUAUCACUACUGCGUCGGCACUUCUUUUGGAGUGGUAUGGAAGAGUCGGUGGGGAGGUAUGUACAAGGAUGCCCCCGUUGCACGCUGUUCAAGUCCCGACGAGACGUGAGGGCCCCUAUGGUUCCGGUGCGACCCAGAGCCCCGUUACAUAUGGUGGCUAUGGACUUCCUGACCUUAAGUCGCCCAGCAGACCGCUACCAGAACAUCUUGGUAGUGACUGACUUGUUCACUAAGUACGCUUGGGCCAUACCAACCUUGGACCAGACCGCCGCCACCACUGCCGGUGCCCUAUGGAGACACGUCUUCCAGCCCUUUGGAUGUCCCGAGACGCUCCAUUCUGACCAAGGGCCGAACUUUGAGUCCCGUGUCAUCCAGGAGCUAUGCAGUCUGUACGGAUGCCGGAAAACCCGCACCACGCCUUAUCACCCACAGGGGAACGGAGGGUGCGAACGCUUCAAUCAGACGCUCUUGAGUCUACUGGGAACACUAGAUGCAGACCAUCAAGGUUACUGGACGGACAGCCUGCCGGCUCUGGUGCAGGCCUAUAAUAACAGCAUCCACAGCACAACGGGGUAUGCCCCGACUUACCUGAUGUUUGGGAGGCAUGUGCGCCUGCCCACAGAUCUGCUGUUAGGAGCAGUCCCGGCUGAAGCCCCCGCCACCACCACUGAAUGGGUACACCGACACCAUCGUCAACUCCACUCUGCCUAUGACAAGGUAACCAAGCAUCUGGAGGCAGCAGCAAAGAAGAACAAGAGAUUGUACGACCGCACCGCUCGAGAGGCUCCUUUGUUACCCGGAGAACGGGUACUGGUGCGGGAUAACCGGCGCCAGGGGAAGGGUAAACUCAGCGACCGGUGGGAAACCACCCCCUACGUAGUGGAGCAACAGCAAAGGCCUGACCAACCCGUGUACACCAUCCGUCCCGAGGGUAAGUCAGGCCCUGUGAGAGUCCUGCACCGAAACCUGCUGCGUCCUUGUCCAAAUUACCUGCGACAAGAGACUGAGGCGCCGCCAGCACCUGUGGCCCCUGUACCAACUUGGGUGGGCUGGCCUAUGAUCCGAAGGGCCCCCACUCCUGAGCCCAGGGAGGGGGAGGCCGAGGCCCCAGCUCGACGCUCCCAACGGGAGACUAGAGGAGUACCCCCUGCAAGAUACGGAGAAUGGGAGUCGGGACCCCGUUCUCGGGACUAGAACGGAUCCGGUGGGGGAGGGUGUCACCGGGUGGCUUGAUUGCUGGCCAUAACAAGCGGCAGCUGAAGCGAAUUAAGCUGCGCUUCAUUGAAGCACGCGCUCAGGACGAGGGUGUAUAAAAGGGUGGUGUAUCUGGGCUGGUGUGUGUCUUGACGGCGGCGUAACCGGAGAGAGCUGAAGGUUGGAUGUCUGAUCGGUGUUCUAGUGGGAAGAGAUUACACAGCAGAGGGGAAGGUCGCUGAUGUGUUUACGUCAAACUUCUGCAGUCGCCAUCCUUGGAGUCAUUCACCCUACAGUAAGAGGAGAAACAGGUCGACUAAUCACUGUGGAUGAAGUGAGUUUGCAGUGUCUGAGAGAGUGAAUUACACACGCGUGAGGAUUUCUAAGAGUGAUUUAUGCACGAGUGUGGUGAGGUCUAACGACUGUGUUUCUCCAGAAACUGAGAUGAAUGACAAUUGACGUCUGCAUAUGAAGAUCCUUUUGAAUUGAUCUGCCUCAAGCUGUGUUCAGGUUUUCCUUUGUGCCCGGAGUGGCGACGGACUCAAGCUGAGCUUGAACACCGCCAUUGCCUGUCCCUCGGGGAAGAGGUGAAGCUGUUGUCCUUCCGCCGACUGGUCUACGAACUCACACACCAGCCGAGCCCGAACACCGUCGUUGUCUGUCCCUCGGGGAAGAGGAGAAGUUGCUAUCCUCCCCUGGAUUGUUCUGUGAACUUACACACCAGCCGAGCCCGAGCACCGUCGUUGUCUGUCCCUCGGGGAAGAGGAGAAGUUGCUGUUCUCCCCUGGAUUGUUCUGUGAACUUACACACCAGCCGAGCCCGAACACCGUCGUUGUCUGUCCCUCGGGGAAGAAGAGAAGUUGCUAUCCUCCCCUGGACUGUUCUGUGAACUUACACACCAGCUGAGUCUGAGCAUUGUCGGCUGCCUGUCUCACGAACACUUCCGAGGAGACGAAGGAAGCCACUGUCUCACCCACGAACAUUUGCAUCACUGCUUUUAUUGUUUUAAGUUAAUAAAAUACUUACCCUUUUAAAUCCACUUCUUGUUGUCCGCCUCUUGGUGUCCUCGGGUGUCUGCUCCUCCGGAGUGUGGUUAUUGGCCCUCGGCCCUAACAUCGGUGACAAACACACACACAACAGAUGUUAUAAGUCUUAGAUGUCAUGUCAUGUUAUUUAAAUUAAAAGUAAGAGUAAUGACAGAAGCAGGAUUAAUGUGGAAUCUCAGAUAAAUUCUCUUUAAAAAUGUGAGUCACAUAUUUUCACUCUUAUGUAAUCUCCUGCUAUUGGCUGCUGCACGAUAACAGUGAUUAUGUUAUCCGGUUUGUCCUUUAUUUUAAUGUCUGUAUACCUCAUCAUGGGUCGCAAAACCUGCAACUAUGACUGAGAUGAUACCCGGCAUAUGUGAGAUUUGGUGCAGACUCCAGAUGUGCAGGGCUUUUCAUUAGAGACACCGUAUGAAGCUCAUUCAAUUGACCCACAGACAUCUCCAGGUCUCUCAGAGAUCAAAUAAGCAUUGUACGCAAUGUCAGAGCUGUCAUUUGAAGAACACCCAGUGAUAUCUUUAUUGCUGUCAGAUUUGAUUGACAGUGAUGCCCUGUUGUUUUAGGAAGUAUGGGUGUUUUUACACACUUAACAUUUGAAUGAAUGCAUGCUUUUAGAUCUGCUAAGCUUUAAAAAAUGGGUAGUAUAACUUCAAGAGGAAAGCUUGAGGGUUUAAAAUAUUUUGUUAUUCCUUUUUCAACAUUACCCUGCAGCAAGUCCUUAAUACGAUUCUUUUCUGCUAUGCAGACAAAAGCAUCUGCAUUUUGGCACUUAAACAAGAAUACAUUUUAUCAGAUGUGUUCCCUGAAAU